CACUCCGCUUCUCUUGUCUCUUCCCUGAGACCGCUCAUCCUAAACAGACAGCCGCCUUUCAACAGCUCUCACCCGGCUCUCCUUGCGUCCAGUGAUGUCUCUUCUCCUCAUCACAGUGUUGUCUUCACUCAUUGUGCGUGAUGCUGUGGCUUGGGGCGCCAAUGUCAAGUACGCGGUGAACUGCCCGGACAGAUGCAACGCGGGGCUGUGUGGUGGGACGCAGCGGUGCACACGGACGGUCCUGGAUGACUGCGGCUGUUGCCAGGUCUGUGCAGCCGGCAGAGGGGAGCACUGUUACCGCACAGUGUCGGGGAUGCACGGGGUGAAGUGCGGACCAGGAUUAUUCUGCGAGUUCUACAAAGAUGAGGACGAUUAUGGAGACGAAUAUGGGAUCUGCAAAGACUGUACAUAUGGAACCUAUGGGGUUGAGUGCCGCAAUACGUGCAACUGCAAAGGUGGCAUCUGUGACAGGGAGACAGGCGCUUGUCUUAAAUUCUUUGCCAAAAUCGCCAGCAAGCUCAAGACUGAGCCUCAAGCAGGGGGAGAGGUGGGCUCAGGAGAGAUCAACACGGCCCAGAACACAGAUCAGCACACAGACAGAUCCACUGCUCCGAAGCGGCUCAACCCUCGCUGACAAGUGCUGACAGACUGAAUCUAUUCAGUGUAAAUGUAGCAUUAACUUAUAAAUGAAGUGAAAGAUAUAUUUUAUUAUGUUUGAAAGAUACAGACUUUUUUAUAGCAUUGAAGUUUUAUUUGAUUUGUCUGGUCCUUCAUUUGUCUGGAUAUCAUCAUCUUUACUAAUAAAAUAUGCAGACUAUGUUAUUCUCUUAAAUUUCUCUUCUUUAUCUUCUUUUUUUUUGUAGAGUAAGUUAAUAAAAUGAUCCUGUGGUCUGUUUCCAUUAGCUUCACUGUGGACUGAUUCUCUCAUUUAGUGUGCCUUCAUACAUUAUUGUUUAGGAAAUGAGAGUUAUGAGAAGGAACCUUACAUUUAUUUCCAACUAGGAUACAUCAUUAUUUUUCAUUGAUUAGUUGUAGUCCAUUAAGUAUUUUGAAGUUCUCCAGAAUGAUAUUUUAUUUGUACUGUAUAUAUGAAAACCAGACAUGGAAAACAUCAUGUAUAUGACACCAGCUA